CGCGCCGGGCGGAGAAGCCGAGCGCUGCUCUCUUCUGCAGAGCUUCAGCAUCCCGCUCGGCCAGUUGGGCUCCAGCAGCCGCAGCAGCAUCCAGCCAGGGUACCCAAAGCUCAGCCGGAGCAGCUGGUGGCAUCUGGGCAUCAUCUGGGCAUCAUCUGCGCGGAGGAGAAGCGAUGGCUGGUUUGCAGCGAUGGGGCGAAGGCUUGGCCGCGGGGCGCUUCCUCCUCCUCCUCCUCUCCUUGCUGGGCCUGCUUUGCUGCUGGGGGCCGGUCGCUUCCCGCCGACCCCCCGGCCGCCCCCUUGCCCCGCCAGCUGCUCCUGCACCCGCGACACGGCUUUCUGCGUGGACUCCAAGGCGGUGCCCAAGAACCUGGCCCGGGAUGUCAUUUCCCUGACCCUGAUCAACGCAGACUUCAGUGAGUUGAAGGAAGCGGCCUUUGCACAUCUUCCGUCCCUGCAGUUCCUCUUGCUGAAUUCCAACAAAUUUUCCCUGAUCAGAGACAACGCAUUCACGGGCCUUUCUCACCUGCAAUACCUGUUCAUCGAGAACAACGACAUCCGGACUCUGUCAAAAAACGCCUUUCGUGGGCUGAAGUCCCUGACACAUCUAUCUUUGGCCAACAACAACCUGCAGACGCUGCCCAGAGAUCUCCUGAAGCCUUUGGAUAUCCUUAGUGAUCUAGAUCUUCGGGGCAAUUCUUUGACUUGUGAUUGCAAGAUCAAAUGGCUGGUAGAAUGGAUGGAGAACACCAAUGCAAGCAUGCCUGCUGUUUUCUGUGGUGGUCCUCCACAGUACCAAGGCCAGAAGAUCCGAGAACUUCCUCUAAAGAAUUUCGAUUGUAUCACUACAGACUUCGUGGUGCAUCAGGUGCUGCCUUUCCAGUCCGUGUCUGCUGAGCCCUUCACCUAUUCCAGUGACCUCUACGUGGCUCUGGCCCAGCCAAGUUCCAGCAGCUGUACUAUCCUGAAGUGGGACUACGUAGAGCGCAAACUGCGGGAUUUUGACCGCAUCCCUGCUCACUCCGCCGUUUACUGCAAACCAAUUGUGGUAGAAUCCCACCUGUACGUUGUGGUGGCUCAGCUUUUUGGAGGCUCUUACAUUUACCGCUGGGACACCAACAUCGACAAGUUCAUUAAGAUCCAAGAUAUAGACAGCCAGAAGAUCCGGAAGCCCAAUGACAUCGAGGCCUUCCAGAUCGAUGGCGAGUGGUUCUUUGUCAUCGCCGACAGCUCCAAGGCAGGCUCCACCAGCCUCUAUCGCUGGAACCAGAAUGGCUUCUAUCCCCAUCAGGACCUGCAUUCGUGGCAUCGGGACACAGAUGUGGAGUACCUGGAGGUUGAUGGGAAACCCCGGCUGAUCAUCUCCAGCAGCUCCCAGGCCCCUAUCAUCUACCAGUGGAACCGCUCCCAGAAGCAGUUUGCUCACUGGGGGGAUGUCGCAGAAGUGCUGGAUGUCCAGAUGGUCAAGCAUUUCCAGAUGAAGAAAGACAACUACUUAUGCCUGAGCCGCUACAUCGGAGAUUCCAAGGUGGUCAGGUGGGAAGGGCUGCGGUUCACAGAGGUGCAGACUUUGCCCUCCCGAGGCUCCAUGGUGAUGGAGCCUUUCCAGAUAUCUCAGCAACUUUACAUGGCUUUGGGGAGUGACUUCUCCUUUACCCACAUCUACCUUUGGGAUGAAGACAAGCAAAAGUUUGUGAAGUUUCAGGAACUGUCUGUCCAAGCUCCACGAGCUUUCCAGCCUAUCCCUUUGGAGGCCAUGAGUGUCCUCCUAGCCCCCAGCUUCAAGGGGAACACACUGGUUUACAAGCAUAUUGUCGUAGACCUCAGCUUGUAGGAGAGGGAUGAAUAUUUCCUCCUCACUUCUCCCCAACAGGCACCACACCAGCCUUCCUAUUCUGCUGAAACACUUGCAGCAUUCAGUGGCAACUGGGCAGAGUCAUCACUGGGACACAGUUACUGAUGCUCUCUUUUAUUCGACUGUUCCUUCUGUUCCUCGUAAACAUAAAAGAAUAGGAAAGGAUCUUAUCAGCUUGGGGAUAUCUUGCAAGAGCCCUGGAUUCAUUGCCUUUGAGACCAUGCAACGAAAACACAUUUCUUCAGCGAGGCCCAAAUUUAGUUGCCCAAGUGUGAGACCACAAGAGUUGCACAUAAAUUUACCCAUAGAGACACACACUAAUGUAUUCUCACAGCAUAUGCUAUUUUCACUAGUAUAUCCUCACAGCUAUGAAAAUGACUUUUGGAGGCGUUCCUCCAAAGACUGCAUGAAUUGGCAUCCUAGGUAGCAAUUGGUUUCCUUCAGAUUAAUUACAAAAGGCUUCCACAUUAUAUUUUAAUCUGAAAUCGUUAUGUUUUGUUUAUUUGUGUUUACGGGCCACCACCGUCACUUUCAUCAAAUUUACAACAUUGUAAUGUUUCCUUCACCUUUCCUGCUUCUAAAAGUUGUUUUUAGGCGGCAAUGGAGAGAUACUUCAUAAAAAUUAACUUUCACUUAGCGGCUGGUUCGCUUAAAGACUGGGUUCCAGGUCCUGUCUGUGAUCGCUAAACGAGGAUAGCCAGGAUGAAGCAUUCACAUCCAUUCAUCUGUCUGUUUUGGAGGGUGUGUGUGGUGGGGGUGGUACCAAGAUUUAGGGUGUCUAGUUGAGCUCUACCACCUUCCCUUUUCAUUUCAUAAAACUUACACAAUUACCUUUCCAAAUGCCAUCCAAGCAAGAUGGUUUUUAUAAAAAGCAUGUGAUGAUUCUGGACUACAUUUUCCUGCCUACUUUAAAAAUAUUAAAUGGUUCUAAACAAAAGAA